AUGUCAACAAUUUUGGUAACCACUGGUGCUACAGUCACAUUUAGGCAACUAAUUGAGACGGUAGUCAGUGUCAAAUUUGUUCUAUCCUUGAUUGAUUUGGGCGUCACGAAGUUACUCAUACAAUAUGGCAAUGAAAUCAAAGGAUCACAACAUAUCAGUCGCCAAUUCUUUGAAUCACAAUUGAAAAAGAGCAACAUCAUUGAAAAAUUUGGGUUCACAGUAGAGAACAACACCACAAAUGAUACAAUGAUGCUAACCAAUAACGACAUACAAAUCACCGCGUUCCCUUUUUCUCCACACAUUCAAGACUACAUUAACCGGGCCGACAUUAUAAUUUCACACGCGGGAACUGGUUCAAUCAUCGAUACACUACGUAAUCACAAAAGGUUACUUGUGGUGGCUAACAAUCAAUUGAUGGACAAUCAUCAAGAAGAAAUUGCCAAUGAAUUUGUUAAAAUGAAUUAUUGUGCCAAGUGCAAUUGCAAUGAUGAUUUUAAAUCGAUAUUGGCAAGUGUGCAAGCCCAUGAGUUUGCGAAGUUCCCCGAAAGUGAUGGCCGUAUUUUGGAAAGUAUAAUUGCUGAAGAAUUGAGUUGA